AAGCUCGACAAUGGACUAAGAACAGGUUUCGUGAACAAAAUAGUGGUAUCAGCGUCGGCAGAAGCCGUCUGAGCCUCCUCCUCCAAUUCAUCCUCAGUAAGUACACUGCUCUCUUCCUCGACGUCUACCAUAUCGUCAACAGUUUCAUCCUCCUGGGCAUAUGCUACAUUCGCCCCUGUAACCAAAACCCCAAAAUCAUCAUGAAUAAAAAUAUCUAGUCUCUCUCCCCAACAACACUAAUCUUCAAUAAUCUAUAAUAAUCUACAGCAAAUAUGAUAAACUCGGCAAUAAUCCCCUGAACGUAGCCCCCAAAUAUCAAGUUCCAUCACAAACUCUUCAUUUCAUAACAGAAAAACCAGCUGAAAAAUCAUUUGAAAUGGAGCAGAAACGUCGUGAGGUAUUCCAAAAUAUUUCUCCCACAUUUCCGGUAUAUUUUCACAAUAAAAGGAAGAUAAUUUACCACAAUUGACUAUGGAGAUCAACGCCGGCAGUGCGAUGAGCACGAGAAACACCAAACCCUUCAUAUUUACUACUAUUAUUUUCAAAAAUAACUUUGCAAAAUUCUCAAUCUAUUUCCACACUCAAUUCCAAAUAGAUUAUUUUGAAACCUAGUGGAUAGAUGAAUCCAACUACUUCACCACAAACUCCAAAGCCCGAUUGUCAAGAGUAAACUGUUACACGAGUCACAACGGUUUUGGUAAAAACUCCAAUAUCAUCCUCUCCAACCUACUGCUACGUGGAAGAACCGCUGCACUCGUCAAUCGGACCAGCGAACAACGUGGAAGUGGAAAACCAAAAUAAAAAAAAUCGAUAACAGAAUGGCGGAUGUUUGUUUUCGUGGCAUGAGAAGGAGGGAAUAAAACCCAGAAAACCUCCCAAUUUCGAUAAAUUCUGGAAAACUUGAAUCGGAUAGCGUUAUUGAUUAACAAGGGACUAAACUCAGAAUGGAAUUGGACGACGACUUUUUCUUCGAGGAGGACAAAAUGUUAGUUACGAUUGAUUGAUUGAGUAAUAACAAUUAAUACCUGAUGUUUAUGUCGAUGUUUCAAUGUGAUUUGAUAUCCACGGAAUUGUUGAUGUGCUUCGUCGUGUUUAUUUUGUUCAUGCAUGCGUUAUUGCGUUGGCAUGAACCAGUAAGAACGAUCUGAGUGAUAAUACGAGGAUUGAGGAGAAGGAUAAAGGAGAUUUUGAUAUUUUCACUGAACACGUUGAGUCGGAGGAGCUCAUCAUGAUGGAAGAUCGCAUGGGUAUGGUAAUUACCUCUGGCAAUGUGGUAAUUCACAAAGAUAGUAGCAACCUGAUAGGCAUCAGUAUUGGGGGCGGAGGCCCCUACUGCCCUUGCCUGUACAUAGUCCAAGUAUUCGACAAUACCCCAGCAGCUCUGGAAGGUACCCUUCAAUCCGGAGAUGAACUCUGCGCAGUUAAUGGUGCCUCAGUCAAAGGGAAAACCAAAGUCGAGGUGGCCAAGAUGAUUCAGGCUUGUGACACUCAAGUCAGUAUCAACUACAAUAAACUACACGCCGAUCCUCGACAGGGGAAAACUCUAGAUAUUGCUUUGAAGAAGGUGAAACAUAGGCUAGUCGAGGGAAUGGGAAGUGCAACAGCCGAUGCCCUUGGCCUUUCACGAGCGAUUUUAUGUAAUGAUGCAUUAGUACAACGAUUAACAGCCCUGCAAAGGACAGAGAAUUUGUAUAGAGGUCUCGUGUCACAUGCCAAAUCUAUGCUACAUGCCUUUUUCGAUCUUACGCAGAUUUACAAAGUAUUCGGCGAUGCCUUUGCAGCAAUCGGGGUUCGUGAACCCCAGCCUCGUGCCAGUGAAGCCUUCCGUCAAUUCGGUGAGCAACACCGUCAAAUGGAAAAAUUCGGGGUGACAAUGUUGAAAGCCCUCAAACCCAUCCUCAGUGACUUGGGUACAUACCUCCACAAAGCCAUCCCAGACACUCGUCUAACAAUCAGUAAAUACGCCGACGCAAAAUUCGAAUAUUUGUCUUACUGUCUCAAAGUCAAAGAGCUAGACGACGAAGAACAGACUUUCGUAGCGCUGCAGGAGCCCCUGUACCGAGUUGAAACCGGAAAUUACGAGUAUCGAUUAGUUCUGAGAUGUCGACAGGAAGCGAGAUCGAGAUUUGCGAAAUUGAGGUCAGACGUUCUCGUUAAACUGGAGCUAUUGGACAACAAGCACGUACAGGACGUCGUCUGGCAGCUCCAGAAAUUCGCCUCUGGACUCUCGAAAUAUUACGCCAAUACAAAAGAACUAUUGGACUCAGCUACCCUAUUUCCGGUUGAGGUAGAUUUAUCACAGUCAGCCUUUCAGUACAAGUCCUCGGGGCCUCAGACCCUAGAGGAUAAUGAGGAUAAUGAGUACCUGGACGAUCCUGAGGAGAAAAACGAGGGAAAGCCUAGUAAUGACGUGUUCAUGCUGGAUACGAGUGAACCUUCGUUACUCAUGCCUGAGUUCAACGAUCUUAAGUAACAUUCGGCUACUCCAAAUGCUGAUAGUAUUUUUUACAUUCCAAGCCAAAUAUUGAAUUCCAAAGAGUUUUAUCGUUUUAGGUAAAUAGAUCGAUUUGUGAGAGGUUCCAUGUCAACUCCAACAUUUGUCAUUCUUCGGAAAGCUGUUACUGAUUACGAUCACUAUACUGAGGGAAAAUCAAUCAAGUCUUUUUUGGGCCAACAAAAUCGCUAGAUGAAAAUUGCCAAAAAAGAAAUUGUUUUUCUUUUGAUAACAACGAAAUAU